AUGAGCAACCCGUUAGACGCUCUCAUCCCGCCCGAGGAAACGUACUGGAUCGAAGCCGACGAGGACUUCGACGAUAGCCAAGUAAGCGAAGAGCAUCAACGGCUGCGAAUCCUCCUCUUCCAACAAAAUCGCCGGGACGCGCAACUCCGCCAGAACCGUCGCAGGAUGGCGCAGAAGAACGAUGGCGACUCGUCCGAUUCUGACGUCGCGCCUGAGCAGCCUAAUGGCGUCUCCAAGACUCCCUCGACCGAUGGGCCGGCGAAGGAUGCCAAGGAGGAGGAGAAGUUGGUGAAGCUCGACCCCAGCGAGAUCGGCAUGUCUGCGGGCUACAAGAACUUGUACAGUGGUAAGGAAGAUAAGAGAGGCCGUUUUCAGUGGCAGACCACCAUCCCGGAGGAUCUAGGCAAGCCAGCUGAAGACGCAGAGAGCGAGAAGUGGGCCAUCAUUGUGCGUCACAUCAAGACUUACAACGAUCCGAAGAAGGUAUUGUCGAUACAUUCUAUCGUCAUUCAGAGCCCACUUCUCAAGAAUAUGCUUAGUGAGGUGCUCGCUGGCUACCCUGGCGUCACGGUGGGCUUAAAGAGGCUCGAAUUUUCCGGUCGCUUCGAGCCGCUCAUUCAUCGUUGGCCUGAGUUCACAUCCGCAGUUGCGAAGCUGAAGGCCCGCCAGACUUCCGAGAACGAGGACGACAGGUCGGAAGAUAAGGCGAAGCACGCCACACUCCUGCAAGAAUUGCUUACAAAGGAGUUCCAAGAGACUAUCGACGCCGCUACCGACCUCAAGAGCCAAGGCGUGAUGACAUACGAGCACUUGUGGACUCUAUUUCAGCCUGGCUCGUUCGUGUACAGCAAGCAGCAGGGCCAAGAUAGGAUCUUCCGCCUUCACUCCUCUAAGUACGGCACAGAUCGCAGCGGCAAUCCAGUCUACUGGCUCGCAUGUCAAUACACGGACUACGACGGCUCACGAUGGGGUACGAACAAGCUCAACCUCUGCAUCCCCGCAUACGAAGGCACAAAGCCUAUCACCGGCCUACCAACAUCGCCUCUUGAUUCACAUAGCGACGUCGAUGCGAUCAAAGCCAAGCUCGUCGAGCGCGGUAGCAAGGUCGAGGCACUUGCUGGCUCACACUAUCGCGGCUACAACGGGGUUGGGUGGCGCAUGGGCAGCAUGAACGUCAAGGAGAAGUACAGCAUCAAGGGCCGUGUGGUCGUCGACACAUAUGGUUGGAACAGGUUUAAUCCGAACAUGAGCGUUUAUGUGACGCCGUUGCAUGUGAAGGAUACGCCGAAUGCUGCUGGUACUGGGAGUGGUACACCACCCAUCAACGAAUAUGGUGGCGAUGACGAAUACGACGAGGGCUACGAUGACGAUGAUGGUGGGAUGCCACUUGAUGGCUACUUUGCGGAUGAGGAUGAGGAAGAGAGCAAGCGUGCGGGUGUGGUGCUUAGCGAGGAGCAGAAGAUGAUCUGCACGCCGUUGGUGCGCGGAUACGCGCUCAAGGAGAAGAUCUGGCUCAAUUUCUUCGUCAAUGCUGUCCAAGAUGUCGACUUCAGCACUCGCGCAUUUGAGAGCUUGGUCUUGCCUCAGUCGCAGAAGGAGCUCAUUCUCGGAUUCACGGAGACGCAACAAUCAUAUCGUAGUCAAUUCGACGAUGUAAUCGAGGGCAAGGGCCGCGGCAUCAUCAUCCUGCUUUGCGGACCUCCAGGCGUCGGUAAGACGUUGACGGCGGAAUCGGUGGCGGAGGAAAUGAAAGUGCCGCUCUACAUGAUGAGCGCCGGCGAUCUCGGUCUGGAUCCGCGCCAUGUCGAGGCGAAGUUGCAAGGCAUUCUCGAUAUGUGCACUCGCUGGAACGCCAUCCUUCUACUCGACGAGGCCGACAUCUUUCUGGAGUCUCGAUCUCUGCACGAGCUUGAGCGGAACAAGCUUGUGUCAAUCUUCCUGCGUGUGCUCGAGUACUACGAGGGCAUCAUGUUUCUGACGACCAACCGUGUCCAAACCUUCGACGCGGCCUUCCAGAGCAGAAUCCAUAUCAGCCUCGACUACAAGGAGCUCGAUCACAAGAGCAGGCUGACGGUGUGGAAGAACUUCCUUAAACAGCACGAUGUCGCACAAGCGGCUGCUCGGGACCGUCCACUCAAGGCUCUCGUUUCCGCAGCCAAGGCGCUGCAGAACGGAACGCAUGAUAGUGUUUCAGGUACCGAUGGUGCAGAUGAGGACUCCAACGCGAGGGUGCAAGAGCUCCACAAGAAGCGCACCCUCGCACACAACAUCUCGGACCAGGACAUGACCAGAUUAGCGAGUAUGAGCAUGAACGGCCGGCAAAUCAAAAACGUCCUGAAGACCGCUCAGCUGUUGGCGAGUAAGAGGGGUGAGGGUCUGAGCUACGAUCACGUUAAGACCGUGAUGGAAGUGACCCAGCAUCUGCUUAAGAGUGAGCAGGCGACUCAGGCCACGAAGGAUACCCUGUACCAUUAG